GUUGCAGAAGCAUUAUAAAUACAAAAGCCUGGGGAGUGAAGAAUGCUACACAAAGAACCAAGCAGGAAUUUGACAUUCUGCUAUGUAAAAAGGCUGAAAACCAGCUCUGCACUUCAUCUCAGUACAUGUCCUGCUCUGGAAACAAAGGGAUCAGCUAAGCCUUGCCUGGAGAAAAUAAAGAAACAUGGAUGGUCAUAAGUACAGUUAUUCAAGGGAAUUUUAUGAUCAAUAUGCUCAAAGCCAAGAAAAAUCUGUGGUCAAUAAAAUGCAGCAGAAAUACUGGAAAACAAAACAAACCCUUAUAAAAGUCACAGGAAAAAAGGAAGAUGAACAUGUUGUGGCUUCAGAUGCAGACCUGGAUGCAAAACUUGAGCUGUUCCAUUCAAUUCAGAGAACAUGUAUGGAGUUGCUGAAAGCAAUUGAACUAUAUCAAAAGAGGAUUUGUUUUCUAUCUCAGGAAGAAAAUGAAUUGGGGAAAUUUCUUCGAUCACAGGGUUCUCAGGAUAAAACAAGAGCAGGAAAAAUGAUGCAAGCCACAGGAAAGGCCCUCUGCUUUUCUUCUCAGCAAAGAUUAGCACUGCGUACUCCUUUGAGUAGAUUAUAUCAGGAAGUGGAGACUUUCAGAUAUAGGGCCAUCUCGGACACAUGGCUGACAGUAAACCGAAUGGAACAGUAUCGAACUGAAUACAGAGGAGCGCUGCUUUGGAUGAAAGAUGUGUCUCAGGAGCUGGAUCCAGAUCUUUAUAAGCAGAUGGAAAAGUUCAGGAAGGUUCAAGCUCAAGUACGGCACGCAAAACUCAACUUUGACAAACUGAAGACUGAUGUUUGCCAAAAAGUGGAUCUUUUGGGAGCAAGCAGAUGCAACCUCCUUUCUCAUGUAUUAACAACAUAUCAGACAACGCUUCUUCAUUUUUGGGAAAAAACCUCACACACCAUGGCAGCUAUCCAUGAAAGUUUCAAAGGUUAUCAGCCAUAUGAAUUCACUAUGUUAAAGAGCUUACAAGAUCCUAUGAAUAAACUAACAGCAAGAGCAGAAAAGGAGGACCUGAACGUUGAGAGCACCAAGCCAGUACCAGAUCAGCGGAGUCAGUUGAUUUCGUUAGAUGAGGAGAGCCAUACCAAGGAAUCAAACUAUUCAGCUGAUGAUGGCAAGGAUGUCCUAUCCGUGUUACAAGGAAAUUUUAACCACAAGCAGAACUCAGGUACCAUAGAUGAUUUAUUAGACCUGCAGCCUGAAGAAAAUGCUUCAAAGGAUCAGUUUGUGAGGUCCUUGGAGUCUGAACCCAGUGAUAAGGAUGACAUGGUAUUACUGAAUGAGAUCCUCAAUGCUUCCUCCUUGGAUGAGGGGGAGUUCAGCAAAGAGUGGACAGCUGUCUUUGGGCAGGUUGCGCUUGCUGACCUCACCGUGAACUCUUCCGCUGGAGAGGUGGAGAACACUUCAUCAUCUGUGGCAGGGACACCAUCCGGCUAUUUGCCCUCACAGCUCUUAGACCAAAACAUGAAUGACUUGCAGUCGUCUUUACAUGGAUGGGCAGCUAACAGUGUGAGCCCUCCAUCUAUACCACAGCCAGCACAGAAACCAAACAGCCUCAGUGUGAAUGCUAACAAGACGCCUGUGAAAGAUCCUACAAAGAAUCCUAAAGACUUGACUGCUUGGUUCAGUCUCUUUGCUGACCUUGACCCAUUAUCCAAUCCUGAUGCUGUUGGGAAAACUGAUAAAGAACAUGAAUUGCUUAAUGCAUGAGACAGCUGCCUAUGGUAACUCAUAUUCUUCCAUUCAUCAACACUAUUUUGGGUUUUAAAAAACUAAAUGAAAAUCAGUAUGCUGUUGUGAAACUGUAAAGUAUGUGCCAUGAUAAUAAAACUGAAGGAAUUAAUCGCCUUUUAUAUAGGUACAGUUAUUUGCUCUUGUUUUGUAUAAAGAAUUCACAUUUAUUUUCUACGUGGAUGUACAAAAAUGAGGUUAAGAAUUAGGGCAGAUUUCUUGCCAGAUUAAAUUAUCUCCUGAAACAGUGUCUUUGCCUAAGGUGAUGCGGAGCUAAUGCUGGAGUGAAAUAAAAAAAUUGCAAACCUAUUUUUUUAUAAUGUUUCUUGAGUAAAUCAAAAAAAAUCAUAUAACUGAGGAGGCUGCAUGAGUCAAACAUCUAUCGCGUAUAUAAUAUAUAUAUUACUGCAUUAUUAAGAUGUCAGCGAAAUUUGUUUUGUUAGUACUCAGUGAAAAAUCUGUCCUGGGGCUAAUUACUGAAGAAAUACAUUUGGGUCUAUGCAGCCAUGGAAAUUGUGUCCUUUCUGAUUUAAAUUAUUAGACAAACUGCACUACAUAGACAGAAGAAAUGCCCAGAUGGCUUCUUUACUGAGUUUUUCCAUUGUACUGACAGAAUUUGCCCCUGUUUGCAGAAGUUUCUUGCAGCUGAUGCUUUACCAUGCCUUUAAAAAAACAGUUCUGUUUAGAGUAUUUUUUGUCAAACUUAUUUCUGAAGCAUGUGUUAUUUUGAGCUUGUUGUGACAUUAACUCUUUAAUAAAAU